CUUUGCUGGCAACUUCACAGAAAUGCAUUAUUUGGAAGAUGGUACUAGCGCUAUUGUCAUACGUAAUUACACGAAUCAUUGCUUCUAUCAUGGCUAUGUACAAGAAUAUGCUGAAUCUGCAGUAAGUUUGAGUACAUGUUCUGGACUCAGGGGUAUUAUUUUAUUUGAAGAUAGAACCUACAUUUUGGAGCCACUGGAAGGUGCUAUGAAUGAACAUAUAAUCUACAGACUAAAGCACCCAAAACUAAUCCUGGGUACAUGUGGCCAUCAUCUCAAUAUUACAGGUGUCACUUUGGGGGAUACUGCACAGCUUAUUCAGACAUUUACUAGCAGACACAAAAGAGAAACUCUGAAGUCCACCAAGUAUGUGGAGCUCAUUAUUGUGGCUGAUAAUCGUGAGUUUCAGAGACAAGGCAAGGAUGUGGAAAAAGUGAAACUGAGGCUGAUAGAAAUUGCAAACUAUGUUGAUAGGUUCUAUAGGCCACUAAAUAUUAGAAUAGUCUUGGUUGGAUUAGAGGUCUGGAAUGAUAUGGAUAAGUGCACAAUAACUCAAGAUCCCUUCACCACUCUUCAUGAGUUUCUGGACUGGCGAAAGAUGAAACUACUACCUCGUAAGCCACAUGAUAAUGCACAACUAGUGAGUGGAGUCUAUUUCCAAGGUACUACCAUUGGCAUGGCACCUAUAAUGAGCAUGUGCACCGUAGAGCAGUCUGGAGGUAUCGUCAUGGAUCAUUCAGACAAUCCAUUGGGGGCAGCAGUAACUCUGGCUCAUGAACUAGGCCACAAUUUUGGUAUGAACCAUGAUACACUGGAAAGAGGUUGCAACUGCAAAACAUCUGCAGACAAAGGGGGUUGCAUUAUGAACCCUUCAACUGGCUACCCGUUUCCCAUGAUGUUCAGCAGCUGCAGCAAGAAAGACUUGGAAAACAGCUUGGAGAAAGGCGUGGGGAUGUGUCUCUUCAACCUUCCAGAAGUUAAGGAAUCAUUUGGUGGCCCAAAGUGUGGGAACGGCUAUGUAGAAGAGGGAGAAGAAUGUGACUGUGGUGAACUUGAGGAAUGUACAAGCCAAUGCUGUAAUGCCACAACUUGUACUUUAAGGCCAGGAGCAGUGUGUGCCCAUGGACUUUGCUGUGAAGACUGCAAGCUGAAGCCAGCAGGGAUUUUAUGCAGGGGUACCAGUAAUUCCUGUGAUCUUCCUGAAUUCUGUACUGGAAGCAAUCCUCAUUGCCCAGCCAAUGUUUACUUGCAUGAUGGGCACCCUUGUUAUGGGGUAGAUGGGUAUUGCUAUAAUGGUAUGUGCCAGACUCAUGAACAGCAGUGCAUCACCCUUUGGGGGCCAGGUGCUAAACCUGCUCCUGAGAUAUGCUUUGAGAGAGUCAAUUCUGCAGGAGAUCCAUAUGGAAACUGUGGCAAGGAUUCCAAAAGUUCUUUUGCCAAGUGUGAGCCAAGAGAUUCAAAGUGUGGAAAAAUUCAGUGUCAAGGGGGAGCAAGCCGACCUGUAAUUGGUACCAAUGCUGUCUCAAUAGAAACAAACAUCCCACUACAAGGAGGAGGCAAAAUUCUGUGCCGAGGAACUCACGUUUACUUGGGGGAUGACAUGCCUGAUCCGGGUCUUGUCUUGGCUGGGACAAAAUGUGAAGAUGAAAAAAUUUGUCUUAAUCGCCGCUGCCAAAACACCAGUGUAUUUGGUGUUCAUGAAUGUGCAACAAAAUGUCAUGGACGUGGAGUCUGCAACAAUAAAAAAAAUUGCCACUGUGAGGCCCAUUGGGCUCCUCCCUUUUGUGAUAAGGCAGGAUUUGGCGGCAGCGUUGACAGUGGGCCAGUUAGACAAUCUGAUAACAGAAGCUUAAUUGCAAUACUCAUAACCAUCCUGUGCAUUCUGGUGGCCGGUUUACUUGUAUACUUCAAGAGGAAGACCUUGAUUAGAGUAUUCUUUAUUAAUAAGAAGACUACAAUAGAGAAACUUAGGUCUGUGAGUCCAACAAGGCCUUCCAGUUCAUCUGAAUCUAAUCAUGUUCAUACUGCAACAGUCCACAGUAAAAAUCUAGCCAAACAGCCACAAAGUGUAACCACACCCAAGAGAAAUGACGUACAACAAUUACUACGGUAUCAGAAAAGGGAUAUUAGCUACUUUGUGAAGGCCCAGGACAUACUGAAAUGGAGCCCACCAGAGAGGAUCCAGCCACAUCUUUGUGAACUCUCCUGUCAACAGUCUGUGUCCGGAAAGGUGCCGCCCACCAAGCCCCCUCUCAAAUUUGACCUGGAAUCUUGCAAACCAAGUCCUCCUCAGAAGCCUUUGCCAGCUAAUCCUCAGAAGAACAAAGCUGUUCAGUUUAACACUGCUUCCAGGACAAUGUGUGAGCUUCCAAAACCUAUGCCUCAAAUUGCUCCUGUCAGGCCUGCACCAAAACCUCCACUUCAUGUGCCUAGGCCCUGCAAUGCUGCCUAUGUGAAAUGAAAAAAACUGA